AGAGAAAAGUGGCUUUUGUUUUCAGAUUAAUCAGUUCUGUCAAUUGGUCAAUAUGGGAGACAGUUACAUGCAGUUCUACAACACUCCCCGCGCAAGUCUGAUAUUCAGAAUUAGACAAGCAGUGUCACAUAUCACUGAUCUCUACAGCGAGUUCAGUCGCUUUAUUGCUCCUGCUUAUCAUCAUGAUCGAUGUGAAAGAUCUGUUCAGAUGAAGCUCUACAAUCUGUCUAGAAGGGAAUUUUUCCUGACUUUUGUUGGCUUCUUCAGUGCGCUGGGGGUUUGUGCACUACUGGGUUUAGCAGGCCCUGCUAUGACCAUGACAGUACAAGAAAGAGCCAGUCAACUCUUCCCCAACAUCAAUGAAACUCAACUUGCCUCAGGCCCCUUCCUUGUCAAGUCUCCUGCGCUGUCUCCAUACAACUACCAGCUUUGGCUCAUUGCCAAGAUUGUGCUCAGCAAUUCAAAAGAUGAAUCCUUCAAGAAGUCAUUCCAGUUGAGCGUGUCUAUCGAGGGCGUCCCAACAGAUCUGUCGGACCCUUCGUCCAUCAGUGACACGCCUCACAACAGGUCUCGUGAGCUGCGGUGUGGUGCAGUGGAAGGCUGUGAUCCCAUCACAGUUCUUCACCUGAGUUACCUGACCCACUCUCACCUCAUCGUACUCAUGCGCUUCCAUGGCCUUGAGGACAUCGUUUCCUGGACACGAGUCACAGACGUUAUCUUUUAUUACAAGACGUACAACCCUAGCUUCAUGAAGGUGCAGAUUUGGGUGCGUUUUAUCUUCCUCUUGGUGGCGUUCUGCGCUACGUGCUGGAUGGGCCACAGUUUACGGAAGUACCCGUUCUGUGACUGGUCACUGGAGCAGGCGUGGAUAAGUGUACUGCUGCCUACACUUAUAUUCUACAACAAUCCACUGUUCCCGCUGGUGUUCCUGAUGGACUCUUGGGUGCCGACUUUUGUAGACUCUCUUCUGCAGAGCAGCUUCAUGGCCGCACUGCUGCUCUUCUGGCUCUGUAUAUACCACGGCCUGAGACAGAACGACCGAUCGCUUCGCUCCUUCUUCCUGCCGAAAUUGGUGCUGGUUGGGUGGCUGUGGUGUGUGGUGGUGGUGGCGGCGUGUGUGCAGAAGCAACACGAGUUACACAACCCGCUCUACUCAGCAGCGGCUGAAACUAAUCACUUCUACGCCUUCAAGCUCUGUUUCUACUCGGCCGGUGCUAUCUACUUGCUCUACCUCAUCUACCUCAUUAUUCGAGCAUACUCUGAACUGCGUUCCAUGCCUUACUUCGAUUUACGGCUGCGUUUCGCCACGUUGCUGCUCUUGAGCGUCGCCUGCGUCGUCAUGGCAGUGCUGGUCGCUAACUUCGGUGUUGGGGUCCUGGAGGACAACUUUGUGGCCGACCUGUCAACCCGCUACAGCUCGUCGGUGCAGUUCAUGACAUUCUACGGGCUGGUGAAUGUCUACCUCCUGACCAUGGCUUAUGUCUACUCGCCUUCCAGUCGCUCCAUACUUGGUGGGUGUCUCACUAGUGACACACUAUUGUCACACUAUUAA